AAGUGCUGCGCUAUGAAGAAUAAAUUGAAUUUUCUUCGUUUUUUGUACUCAAAAGACACUACCUUUAUUAAUUAAUAAUUCAUUUUAGCCCACAAUGACACGAUAAUACACUACGGCAAUAAAAAAGAGUCCGACUAAGCAAAAUAUAUAUUAAUUAACGAUACAUAAUAGAAGGCUGACAUUAUAGAUUCGGGGAGUAUUGGGAUUAAUUAGAAUAGCGGAUUCAAUUGCCGGUGCUGGCUGAAAUCGCGCCGGAGCAUCUACAUGUACUGCGAAGUCCGUUAGUUUCAACGUUCUAGACCAUGUGUACACUAGUACAUUUGUUAAUAUAAUUAUCUCAUUGUAUAUAAAAAUAAAAUAAACAGAAGGAAUAGAACAAAAUUAUUGGUGUAUGUAAUUGUGUCGUCACAGAGAGAGAAUCGAGAUAAACAAACGUUUGAUAAAAGAUAUAUAUUUUUAGGGAACUUAAAUGAAUUAUCUUUUAUUCGUAUUUAAAGAUCUCGUUUAUAAUCCGUAAAUAUGAAUGUGUGUGGAAGAUCAUUAAAAGAUUUAAUCGAUGAAGCCACAAAAGCAUUUAGGAAACAGUUUAAUAGCCAUCCCGUUUGUGGUGGAUAUGCCCCUGGAAGGGUCAAUUUGAUUGGAGAACAUGUGGAUUAUAACGACGGAUUUGUAUUGCCUAUGGCUCUUCCAUUGGGAACUUUAAUUAUUGGACAAAAAACAAAUACUGGAUUUUGCCAAAUAUUAACUUUAUGUGAAGAAGCUGACGAUCCGAAAUUUAUAGCUUUUAAAAUUCCAUCAAUUGGUAAUCCAUUAAACCGUGGUAAACCGUCUUGGGCAAAUUAUGUAAAAGGUGUUAUCUCAAAUUUUACAGGUACAAUUUAUUCUUUUGAUGCUGUUAUUAUUUCAACUGUGCCAACUGGUGGUGGUCUAUCCAGUUCUGCUGCUUUAGAAGUUGCAACUUAUAUGUUUUUAGAAGCAUUGAGUAAUGAACCAUCAGAUGAAAAGUUAUUUGCUUUUGUUAUUUUUGAUAUAACAUUUUUAAAUAAUAAACUUUCAAAAUCAAUCCAAUCAUGCGGAAAAUUAUCUCUACCAAUGGAAAAUGGUAGAGAUUACAAGUUAAAAAAUUUAGAUUAUAAAGAUAAGAUACAUAAACGUGUGAAGCAUGUUAUAACAGAAACCAAUCGCACAGUAUCUGCAGCUGAUGCAUUAAAUCGGGGAGAUUAUAAUCUUUUUGGUAAAUUGAUGAUAGAGAGUCACAAAUCAUUAAAAGAUGAUUUUGAAGUUUCAUGUGAAGAAAUUGAUGAAUUAGUCAAUUUAGCUCUUGAGGUGGAAGGUGUUUAUGGCUCUAGAAUGACUGGAGGUGGUUUUGGAGGUUGUACUGUAACUCUAGUCAAAUCUAAUGCACUUAAAUCACUUAUAGAAAAUAUUAAGAAAAAAUACAAAGGAAAUCCAUCAUUCUAUAUAUGUACUCCAUCUAAUGGGGCCUGUCAACUACUACUAAACAAUGUUUGAUGAUAUUGAUAAUUAGAACUUUAAAGAGAUCUCAUCAAAAAUUACAACUCUAAUAAGUUGGAAAUAUUCAAAUAAUAGUCAUAUUGUUGAUUUUAAUUGUUUGAAAAAAUGUAAUUUCAGUAAUGAAAAUUUAUGUAUUUUUGUCUAUUUUACCAAAGAUCUUUAG